CCUCACUCCUUCCAGAAGCAAUCAGCUAAUGUCUUGUCUCACUGUCUGCCUGGGCGAAUGUCCACAACAGCAUGUGACUGGGUGUCCUCAAAUGAGAAGGGUCUCGCCAGGACUAUGGCAACUCAGGAAGCCACUCCAGGAAGCCAAUCAGAGGAGAGCAAUGCUUUGGACCUGCCAUCAGCUUAUGAUGUAAGGGAUUACGUGUUGCAGAGACCCAGCCAGGAGGCCAACAGUGAGGCUUUUAGUUCUGAGGAAGCCCUUUCUAUUCCUUGCUCUUCUGAUAUGGAUCCAGACACUAGUAACCUAAAUACUGAACAAAAUGAUUCCUGGACCUCUGAGAACUCCUGGCUUGACCCUUCUGUGAAGGGCCCACCAGAGACCAAGGCAGAGGAGGCUGGACUUCGGAAAUCUCUGGAUAGAUUCUAUGAAGUAUUUGGCCAUCCACAGCCAGCCUCUGGAAAUUCACUCUCCACAUCUGUCUACCAGUGCCUGUCUCAGAAAAUCAAUGAACUGAAGGGAAAGGAGAACCAAAAGUACACCCUCCGCAGUUUUCAAAUGGCGCGGGUCAUCUUCAACCGGGACGGCUGCUCCAUCUUACAGAAACAUUCCAGGGACGCCCACUUUUACCCAACCAGAGAAGGAAGUGCGUCUCUGGAGGAUGAAAAGCUGACCCCAGGACUUUCAAAAGAAAUUAUUCAUUUCCUCUUGCAGCAGAACUUGAUGAAAGACCCAUAAGUGUUGCCUGGUGGUGAGAGCAAGCAUAUGGGGGGUAGCCCUGUGGCUGAUACUGUUGGUGCAUCACCCAGAACCCCUCAGGUCUCUUGCCAGCUCUGUGUGCCCAGCCCCCAGCUAAGUGCUUUGCAGGCAAAGGCUGGCAUCUGUGAUCUGGUCCUGGAGCCAGUUCGGCCCAAAUGGAGAGCCAGCAGUGUCUGGGGGUUUUAUUGCCUCCAUGGCCACCCCAUCUCCUACACCACCCUUUGACCUAAGGCUGGUGACCAACUGGUUUGGGAGUCUGAAAGUCCAGCUUCCUUGUCUCCAGGAAGGACAUGCUCUGAGGCAUGAUUCAAGUUCCAGAGCUCUCCUCCUGAUCAGGCCAAGGCUGGGGCUUUGCAUGAAAUCUUACUCUUGCCUGGCUCCUUCCUUUCCCUGUCCUUCUCCCACUCACUGGUGUCUCCUGGGAGCGUUUCCUUAAUAAAUCUC